AUGGCUGAAAUUAUUGCAAGGGAUGCCCGGAUGGCAUCCACUAUUCUUAAAACGCUCACCGACGAAGAGAGAUCCCAGGCAUUGCAGGCCGUCCACGACGAGCUCCGUGCACACAAAGCGACGAUUCUAGAAGCCAACGUGAUCGACAUGGAAAAUGCCGCCAAAAACAACCUCCCAGCAUCAUUGAUCAACCGCUUAGACCUCUCCAAGGGUGAUAAAUAUGACACCAUGUUGCAGGGUGUUUUGGACGUCGCUGCGCUCGAGGAUCCGGUCGGAAACGUGACCCUUAAGACGAGGCUCGAUGACGGUUUGGACUUGUACCGUGUCACGUGCCCAGUGGGUGUGUUGUUGAUUAUCUUUGAGAGCAGACCGGAGGUUAUUGCGAACAUCACGGCGUUGGCAGUAAAGUCCGGAAAUGCCGCUAUUCUAAAGGGCGGUAAGGAGUCUUUGGCCACGUUCACAGCCAUGGCAAAGGUGGUGAGUGAUACCUUGGUCAGGACUGCGGUUCCAGGAAAAGCUAUCCAACUCAUUGCCACCAGAGAUGAUGUUUCCUCCUUGUUGAACCAGGACAAGUUCAUCGACUUGGUGAUUCCAAGAGGCUCCAAUGAGUUGGUGCGCAACAUCAAGGACAACACCAAGAUCCCUGUCUUGGGCCACGCCGAUGGGAUUUGCUCUGUAUAUGUUGACAAGGAUGCAGAUGUGCAAAAGGCAUGCAAGAUUGCCGUGGACGCCAAGACAAACUACCCAGCCGGGUGCAACGCUGCGGAGCAGUUGUUGGUGCACGAAUCGUUGUUGGACACGCAGUUGCCGGUAAUUGCUGAGGCGCUCAUCACCGCAGGCGUCACCUUGCACGUAACACCCAUUAUCAAAGCGCACUUACCAGCUAAUGAGAAAAUCGUGGACGCAGUUGAGGGUGACUUUGACAAGGAGUUCCUUUCAUUUGACAUCGCUGUGGAUGCCAUGGCCUCCGCCGAGGACGCCAUGAUGCACAUUAAUGUCCAUUCAUCUAAGCACACCGAGGCUAUCAUCACCGAGAACGAGGCUACCGCGAAUAAGUUCUUGAAGGGGAUCGAUUCUGCCGGAAUCUACUGGAAUGCGUCCACCAGAUUUGCGGACGGGUUUAGAUAUGGGUUCGGCGCAGAAGUCGGAAUCUCUACCAAUAAGAUUCACGCCAGGGGGCCGGUCGGCUUGGAGGGCUUAGUCGGGUACCAGUACCAGUUGCGUGGAAACGGGCAAGUUGCCGCGGACUAUAUCGGUGCUGGUGGUUCCAGACAGUUUAUCCACGAGAAGAUUGACGUUCGUGGGAUGAGGUUGUAA